AUGACGCGACAACACUUGUGCACGCUACCAGUUGAACUCGUUCUCGAGAUAGCUCAGUAUCUCUCAUCGCCGAGUCUGUCGGCUUUGGCUCGCACAUGUCACCGUGCAUACGACCUCCUCAACCCAGUCCUCUAUUCCGUGCCUGUCAAUCGGCUCUGCAGCGUCCUUGAAUGGGCGAAUUGCGUGGGGAAGCAACAGACCAUGCAUCGACUUCUGGACCACAAUCUUAGCGGCGUCUUGAAGUUCAAACACCUCGCCCUUUGGUCCGCUUGCUCGGCUGGGUCCGUUGAGAUCGUGGCACGGCUUUUGGACUGUGGUGUCCCUCCAGAUCCGCCAUGCGAUUGUCACUUAACGCUUUCCUGCGUCGCGGGAGUCAACCGUAGGCAGAUCAUUAUGAUGCUUCUGUCUGCCGGCGCGGACUUGGCUAGGUGCAACUUUCGCGAGGUGGGCGAGCUUGUUUCUGGCUGGGCCCAAGAGGACCGGGGCGCUCCUCGAGCUCUUGUCCAACAUGGACUGGAUAUCCGCCUGGUUGGAUCUAAUGGCGACAAUCUACUGCACCGGGCUGUCAGGCAGAACCUACCGACCUCGGACGUCAUUUUCCUUCUGGACGAGGGAGUCGACAUCAACCACCGCAAUGUCGACGGCCGUACUCCACUCGCUGCCGCGAUCGCAGACGACGACAGCUCUGUGACCGAAAAGCCGGAUAUAUUGGAGUUACUGCUACAGCGAGGAGCAAAAACCGACUUACCAGACAACCAGUCCUGGCAUCCCCUGCACCAUGCGGCUUCUAACGCGAAACCAUGGGCUGUACGACUGUUGUCGCAAUAUGGCGCUGAUCCUGACGCUCGAAAUUCCUAUGGCCAAACACCGCUUCACCUGUGCUGUAGAGCCUCCUCGCGAUGUGAGGAGGUCAUCAAAGCCCUGCUGGACGUUGGGGCAUCUCCGGCCGCUCAGGCAUCUACAGCCCUGGGAGAAAAACGGACGCCGAUAUACCUAGCCUUAGACAGGUGCUUCGCAGCCCGCCGCGGCAAUCGCCUACGGUACCUGUUUGACGCCUGGAUGGCCAUGUCUCCGGCAUUGCCGUCCGCAGAUGUUGUCUUUGUCGCCGCGGCGGCACUUGGAGAGGUGGCGGUUUUGCAGAAACUAAUAGACUCCAAGACGGUAAACAUCGAGGGAGUGGACGGGGAAACAACGGCGCUGAUGGCUGCUGCGGCCGCCGGUCAAGAUAAGGUUAUUGAGCUUCUCCUACCACGCGUGGCAAACGUAGAUGUGGCGGACGGAAUAGAUCACAUGGCUUUACAUCACGCCGUAUUCUCCGGGACCGAGACAACUAUUCAACUUCUUCUCCCACGAUCGUCAAAAGUUUGGUCUUCUAGGAAUUCUCGUGUAUUACUCAUCACGUACGCAAUGUGUCGGCGUUCACCCGAAGUCCUUCGUAGUCUGCUCGAAUGGAGACGGCAUCAGUAUCCACAAUAUGAGAUCCAUCGGGAUGAAGUGCACGAAUACCUCGUUGACGCCGACAUCGGGGACAAGGCUCGUAUUAUGUUCGAAUACAUGGAGCCGGCUGAUCUACAACCUGGAGCACAAAAGGUGCCGCUCAUGUUCUUCAUUCGCGAGGGGUACAUUGACAUUGCGCUGGAAAUCAUUCAGCAAGGGAUUGGGCUGGAGGGUCGUGUCGGGGACUGGACACCGUUGAGGAUGGCCGCAGCCAAAGGUGAACUGGCCGUCGUCCAAGCGCUUGUCAACGCAGGGGUUGAUUUGGAGGUGCGAACAGAUAACAACUGGGGGACAGCGCUAUCUCUGGCCAUCGUCAACAAUCACAUUGAAGUAGCCCAGUGUUUGCUGGCAGCUGGGGCAAACACGGAUGUACCAGCAGGUGACCCGGCUGGGAGAUCGGUUGCCGACAACCGUUCGGCGUUAACUUGGGCUGUUCUAUGGGGCAGUUGUGAUGCGGUACGUCUGCUUCUAGCCCAUGGCGCCAAGGAGCAGCUGGAGCGCAAUGGCAAGGAUGCUUUAUACUGGGCGAUGCAUGACGGACGUGAACGUAUCGCUGCCCUUCUGGUAGAUGCAGGAGCCCCGGUUGACGAGAUUGAUCGCUAUGGCCAUACGAUUCUUUCACAGGCCGCCAGUCGAGGGAAGACGGCCAUCGUCAGGAUCCUGCUCGACGCAGGGGUCAGGGUCAAUUUGCCUGAUCGCCAUGGACGCACCCCAUUCCUUAUGGCAGCAUCUCGAGGACACUGUGAGAUUGCUCGGCUGCUGCUAGAAAAAGGAGCGGACACGCAUCAGAGGGACUACUUUGACCGCUCGGCGCUGUCACUCGCUGCCGAUCAAGGACACGAUGAGAUGGUGAGAUGGCUCAUAGAGCAAGGGGUGGAUCUAAAUGAAGGUGAUCGUAUCGGUCGGACGCCGCUGUCCUGGGCAAUGCAAAUGGACUCAGCCGGGGCGGUGGAGGCACUGGUGUUGGCUGGUUGCGAUGUGCUCAAACCGGACCAUUAUGGACGAACGCCGUUGCAAUGGGCUUCCAGUGACGCAUGCAUCGCAAAGCUCUACUGUUCCUUUCCAGGACAUAGACGAGGGCUGCGACAUCCGCUCCAGUCAGGAGCUGAGGCCUGUCACAGGGCGUAUACCGGAUUAUUCUGCUGCGGCCUGAUGAAUAGAAAAGAGUAG